CAUAAAAGCUGCGAUUGGCUGUUUGCAUGUAGCCUACGAGAGUCGAGACAUUGUUGCAAAAUAAACCUGAGACGUGUCGAGCUGCCUGUGAUGGUUCUCUGAAUUCGAUCGGGAACGGUGGCCGAACUAUUCUUCAGUCUGAGGAUAAAAUACAGUUCAACAACUAUUGGAUAUGGUUUUGUCGUUAUCUACUAGACCGCGUGGCAUACAUUAUUCAUCCAACUAGUGGUAGGCAAUACAUUUUACAGUAUACCGUAUUGUAGCCUAUACAGUAGUCUUUGUUUUGCAUUAGAGGCGAGACCAGAAAAUUGUCACUCUUUCCCAGAAUAUUUAUUACACAUUAAUAACAUUAUCAUUACUUACACAAUAGUAACACUAUCUUCACUUACACAUUAGUAACACUAUCAUUGCAAAAUAAGAAAUGGAUGAAUCAAACGGUUCUUCAAAAAGGACUAUUCUGUGUUUAUUUGACGUGGACGGCACUCUUACCCCACCGAGAGAGAAAAUUGACCCUAAGCUGGAUGAGUUUUUCCAGUCUCUGCGCAGGAAAGUGAAGAUCGGCAUAGUGGGUGGAUCAGACUAUUCAAAGAUCGCAGAACAGCUGGGGGAGGGAGAUGAAGUGAUACAGAAGUUUGACUAUGUGUUUGCUGAGAACGGCACGGUGCAGUACAAAGACGGGAAGCUCCUUUCCAAACAGGUGGGUGUCACUGAGGCCAUCCAGAACCAGAUAGGAGAGGAACUACUGCAGGACCUCAUUAACUUCUGUCUCAGCUACAUGGGGCUGAUCAAGCUUCCCAAGAAAAGGGGCACCUUUAUCGAAUUCCGCAACGGAAUGCUGAACAUCUCCCCCAUUGGCCGGAGCUGCACACUUGAGGAGCGAAUCGAAUUCUCUGAAAUUGACAAGAGAGAGAAAAUCCGGGAGAAGUUUGUUGCGGCCCUGCAGGAGGAGUUUGCUGGGAAGGGUCUACGAUUUACUAGAGGUGGUCUCAUCAGUUUUGACGUGUUCCCUGAAGGCUGGGACAAGAGGCUCUGUCUGGAUGUGCUGGAGGGGGAGGGCCUGGACGCUAUCUACUUCUUUGGCAACGAGACGUCGUCUGGGGGAAACGACUAUGAGAUCUUCAACGACCCGCGGACCAUUGGUUUCACAGUAUACUCACCAGAGGACACAGCCAGGCACUGUCGAGAGAUUUUCUUCAAAGCUCCCACCAAUGAGUCGUGAUAAAUUGUGCAGCAGGCACUCUCACAGUCAACUUCCCCUGGGCUCCCCCUGUUGUUGAGGGCAGUUACUAAGAGCACCUGAAGGAGAAGAGGUGGAAAUGGGAGGUAAACCACUACAGAUUUGUAAUCAAUGUGUUGUUGUUGUAUAAUAUUAUUCUAACUAGCACUGGACAUAUAAAGGGAUCAUCAGUAAUUCACAUUGGCUGGACUCCCAUAGAAAGUACUAUGAGAUGUGGACACAUCUGCUUUUUUAAAGAGAUGGUAGCUCAAAAAUGUGAGGAAGUGUACUAAUGUUUUCAGUUUUUUAUCAUGACUAAGUGUUUCUCUAAGGUUUUAAUAUAAUAUCUGAUUAUUUAACAUCUAUCAACCCAAUGGUUUUUGUAGCGUGUCCCUGUAUUUGUAUAUAAUAUCAAAUUAACCAUAAUGUCUUAUAGGCCCUCCUGUAAGACAAUCCUCUUGUGAAUAUCAUGUGAAGAUGUAUAUACAUUUUGAGUAUAUAAUGUAAAUACCCACUUAUGUUUUGCACUAAUAUUGAUACAGUUAUCUGACAAACUGGGUUUUGGAUCAUUUGUUUUCUUUGUGAAUGUAGGAAGUGACUGGUGUUGUCUUUGAACAAAAUGGAGCGAGACAGAAGAGAGAAAAUUCGUUUUUUUGCUCUGUGCCAGUCCACUUUCAGAUUAAGCGCCUAUAGAAAGUCUGCACCCCCUUGAAUUUGUUUCACAUUUUGUUGUGUUACAAAGUGGGAUUGAAAUAGAUUAAUUGUAUUUGUUUGUCAAGUUAAAAAAAAAAAGUAGAUUUUUUUUUUUAUAACUAAAAUAUAAUAAUUCCUUUAAGUAUUCACGCCCUUUGUUUAGGCAAACCUGAAUUAGUUCAGAAGUCAAAUGUGGCUAAACAAAUCACAUCAUAAUUUAUAUGGACUCACUCUGUACUCUGUGUGAAAUAAUAGGGAUUGACAUUAUAUUUUUUUAUGACCACCUCUUCCUCUGUCCUCCCAGGGCUUUUUCGAUAGCUUCAAAAAUAAAGGGCAGUGAUUGGUAGAUGGGUAACAAUAACAUAUUAGACAUUGAAUAUAUCUUUAAGCACGGUCAAGUUAAUAAUUAAGUUGUGGAUGAAGCAUUAAACCACCCAGACACAUCAAAGAUGCAGUCAUUCUUCUGAACUGAGCUGCAGGACAGGAAGGAAACUGCUUAGGGACGUCACCAUGAGGCCAUUGGGGAUUUUAAAACAGCUACAGAUUUCAAUGGCUUAGAUGGGAGAAAACUGAGGAUGGAUCAACAACAUUGUAGUGACUCCACAAUAAUGACCUAAAUGACAGAGUGAUAAAAAGAAUAAAAAUACACAGAAUAAAAAUAUUCCAAAACAUGCAACAAGGCACUAAUGUAAUACUGCAAAAAAACACGGCAAAGGAAUAUACUUUUUGGCCUAAAUGCAAAUCCAACACAACACAUCACUGAGUAAUUGCCAUCAAGGUAUGGGUCUGCUUGACAUCGGCAAAGACUGGUGAGUUUUUCAGGAUGAAAACAAUCAGGAUGGAGCUAAGCACAGGCAAAAUCCUAUAGGAAAACCUGCUUCAGUCUGCUUUACACCAGACACCGGGAGAGGAAUUCACCUUUCAGCAGGACAAUAACCUACAACACAAAGCUGAAUAUACACUGGAGUAGCUUACCAAGGAGACAGUGAAUGUUCCUGAGUGGCCAAGUUACAAUUUUGACUUAAAUCUGCUUGAAAAUCUAUGGCAAGACUUGAAAAUUGCUGUCUAGCCAUGAUCUCCAACACCUUGACAGAGCUUGAAUAAUGGGGAAAUAUUGCAUAAUACGGGUGUGCGAAGAUCUUAUGAGACUUACCCAAGAUGACUCAAAGCUGUAAUCGCUGUCAAAUGUGUUUCUAACAUGUAUUGACUCAGGGGGGGUGAAUACUUAUAAAAACAAAUGUUAGAAUUUUUUCUUCCACUUUGACAGAGUAUUUGGUGUAGAUUGUUGACAAAAAAAUGACAAGUCAAUUUUAAUUCCACUUUGUAACACAAUAAAAUGUGAAGAAAUCCAAGGAGGGUGUAGACUUUCUACACAAAAGGGUUAUUCGGCUGUCCCCAUAGGAGAACCCGUUUCGGUUCCAGGUAGAACCCUUUUUUAUUCCAGGUAGAACUCUUUUGGGUUCCAUGUAAAACCCUUUGUGGAUAGAGUUCAAUCUGGAACCAGAGGUUUCUUCAAAGGGUUCUCCUAUGGGGACAGCCGAAAAACCCUAAUGAGAAUCUAGAUAGCAUCUUUUUUUUCUAAGAGUGUUUAGACACUAUAGGGAGAAGUCUUACCUCAUCUAUGCAAUUACAUAUAAAUUAUUCCUGCUACUUCAGUCUGCACCGCUAUAAGAAAUGGAUCUCACAGAUGGCUCAUACACACUUUACAUUACCUACCCAGUAUAUUCAUGGGUACACGUCCUUUAGUUGUAUCUUAUCAAAUCAAAUUUUAUUAAAAGGUUAAUGACAUCUGCGACAAAUACAAUAAUCUGGAUGUCUUGACCCUUCUGCCAAAGGCCAUUAGACCUUCCUGAAUGACAAAGAUCCAGUGGACUCACUUGUACAGUUUGAUCGACAUACACUAAUUGUGAAAUCAUCAUGUGAUUGUUGUGUACUGUAUUCAUUUGAACUAUGUUCAUUGUAAUAAAUUAUUUUAUAUCAUUGUG